AUAGUAUCUGAUCUAUCUUUGUAUCUGUCGGUUGGUUGGUUGGCUGGCUAGCUAGCUACAUACUUGUAGUUGUUCCGGUCAGAUUUUCAGUCGUCCGUUGGCGCUUUUGUAUAAACCUGUGAGUGAAACGAACGCUAAUCGAGCGACGUGCAGCUAUAACUUAAUAGUUUAUAAUAUUUCAUAAAAGUAAUUAUAAAAUAUACAUAUUUAUAAUUAAUAUACAAAAAGUGUCAUCGACGCGCCAGCAACAACAAUAACAACUAAAAACCAGUGAAGCUUAAAAAUAAAACAACAAAUUAACAAUUAAGCUUCUAGCAAUUGCACUCAACACAUACAACACAAAUAGCAACAAUAAUAACAACAACAACAACCAAAUCGAACGCAAGCAGCAGCAGCAGCGUAAACGAUUUUGCAGAAAAUUAUCUACCGGUGUUGAACGUGCUACGGAAAAAUAUACAAAUAAGUCUAGAAGAACCGUUAGCCGCAAGAGCAGUAUACUUUCAACGUUUUGGAAUCGAAAGCAAAUAAUGUGUGUGACGUAUACAAAGCGCUAAAGGAUCAUAUGGAAAGACCAACAACAACUGAGAGUUCAACAGCAACUGAGUUAGUUUUAUAAAAGUGUUGUAUUUAAGCAGUAAAAUUAAAGUUUGCAGCUAAAUUACCGUUUCGUUCAAUUUGGACGCAAACAAACACCAAGCAACAUCACACAAAAACACGUACAAACAUACAAAUUGAAGAUACUCACCACGCAACAACAACUCAGCGACAUCAUUUCUCAGCACAAUAACGCGUUACACCAAGUGACCACAACAACAAUAAAAAAGUGAAAAAAUGGGUAAAGAUUAUUAUAAAACACUGGGUAUACCGAAAACUGCCACCGACGAGGAGAUUAAGAAGGCCUACAGAAAAUUAGCGCUACGCUAUCAUCCGGAUAAAAAUAAAGCCGCUAAUGCGGAGGAGAAAUUCAAGGAGGUGGCCGAGGCUUACGAAGUGCUCUCCGACAAGAGUAAACGUGAAGUGUACGAUAAAUAUGGCGAAGAGGGUCUGAAGAGUGGAGGCACUCGUAACGGCACCACCGGCAAUAAUACCUUCACAUAUCAGUUCCAUGGUGAUCCACGGGCGACCUUCGCACAAUUCUUCGGUUCGAGCAAUCCCUUUGCGUCGUUCUUCGAUAUGGGCGAUAAUCUAUUCGAUAAGAAUGUGUUCGAUUUAGAUACCGAACAUGAUUUCUUCUCAUCGCCAUUCGGUGGUUUGGGUUCACGGCAUGGACUCGGCAGUGGGUUCAGACCUUCAUUUAGAUCGCAUUCGUUCAAUGUGCAUACGCCAUUCAAAAAGGAGAAACAACAAGAUCCACCCGUCGAACAUGAUCUCUACCUAACGUUGGAUGAAAUCUACAAAGGUUGUGUGAAAAAGAUGAAAAUAUCACGAAGAGUUGUACAGGCGGACGGUUCGUCCAGGAAAGAGGAUAAAUAUGUGAGUAUAUCGAUUAAACCGGGCUGGAAAUCCGGUACGAAGGUGACAUUUCAAAAAGAAGGCGAUCAAGCACCCGGCAAGAUACCAGCGGAUAUUGUAUUCAUCAUUAGGGAUAAACCACAUGCGAUGUUUAAGCGGGAAGGCAGCGACUUGAGAUAUACGGCGCGCCUAACGCUCAAGCAGGCUCUCUGCGGUGUGAUCUUCCAAGUUCCUACAAUGUCCGGCGAUCGCUUGCGCAUCAGCACCGUGAUGGAGAUCAUCAAACCGAAUACGGUGAAACGUAUACAAGGCUACGGUUUGCCCUUCCCCAAGGAUCCGUCGCGAAAGGGUGAUCUUUUGGUGGCGUUCGAUAUACAAUUCCCGGAAAAGUUGACCUUCGAACAAAAGGAAUUGCUCAAGGAGUUGUUGUCAUGAGAGUGCAAUAAUAAUACUAGUAAGCAGAGAUAAAUAAACAGUAGCAGUGAGCAAGAGCGUAGAAAUGAGAGCGCAGAGUCUGUAUAUGUAUAUAUAUGUAUAUGUGUACAAAUGAGGCAAAUGAGUGAAUAAAAGCAAUAGAAAUGAAGAAUUACUUAUAUAAUAGUAACAGCCGCAGCUGAUACCCCACAAACAUACAUACAUUUACAUCGAUAUAUGAGAGUGAAUCUUAUUUUGCAGACAUCAUCAGACAACAAAGAGGCAGUGCAAAAAUUUUGCCCGAAUCACUAACACAUACUGCCUAGAAGAGAACAAAACAACUCUCGCUCUCUCUACCAUCUAUCAACCGUCUGCUUUUUCGUGUUUUUGUUUUUUUUUUUGGAUCAACAAACUCUUUCUUCACUCUCUAAACUUUUUUGUUUUGUGACAAAUUACUUUUACUGUCUAGAAUUUAUUUAAAUUAAAACGGAAAAUAAAUAUUUUUUGUGUAAAGCAACUAAAAUUACAUUAAAUGCAACAUCUCUACGUCCUCUACAUGUUUUAAUUUUAAUUUUAACCUUAUUUUUUGAAAUAACAUUAAAUUAUUAGAAAAACACACUAAA